AUGCUUCCUCGACCUUCGUUCCGCGUAGCCAGAGCUCUGGAGCUUCCCAUCAGCUAUGCUCCACGCCAGUCGUUACGCGCAAACUGCCCGCAGAACAAGUAUCGCCAGGGCCAGCGAAGAUGUAUGGGCGAGUUCCCUCGCAACUACAAGACGAAGAGACCAGACCCCUUGGAAGAAUGGCGGAACCCUCCGCCGAGCAAGUGGCCGAACAGGAUCCGGUUGCUGAUGCUACCCUUUGUGGGCGCCAUCGUCUACUCUAUGUGGACAGAUUCCGACUCGCUGAAGGCCGAAACACCCUCAAUUGCCCAGAAAGAUGCCCUUCUCAAGCGCGAGAACGGUGUUUCCGACCAAUCGCCCAUGCGUCUGCGAAUGGAGCAAUUCAUAAAGCAGCACCAAAAGCACAUUAUCUCUGAGCUAGAGAAGGUUGACGGCACAAAAUUCAAAAUCGACACAUGGCAGAGGCCGCAAGGCGGCGGUGGCAUUACUUGUGUGCUACAGGACGGCAAUGUCUUCGAGAAGGGCGGCGUGAACACAUCAGUCGUCUACGGUCGUCUCCCCCGUGCCGCCAUCCAGAAAAUGCGCGUCGACCACAAAGCACUUGAUCCCGACGUCGACUCGCUCGAGUUCUUUGCCGCAGGCCUCUCCCUGGUAUUGCACCCGCACAAUCCCAAUGCGCCAACCGUCCACCUAAACUACCGCUACUUCGAGACGGCCGACGAUCUCGGCAACACCAACGCAUGGUGGUACGGCGGCGGCUGCGAUCUCACGCCCUCGUACCUGUACGACGAGGAUGCAAUUCACUUCCACAGUGAAAUCAAGCAGGCGUGCGACAAGCACGACAAGGCAUACUACCCGCGCUUCAAGAAGUGGUGCGACGAGUACUUCAACAACAAGCACCGCGGUGAGACACGUGGUGUCGGCGGCAUCUUCUUCGAUGACCUUGACGAGACAGAGAAGGACCAGGAGCAGCUCUUCUCCUUUGUGCAGGACUGCAUGUCUGCAUUCCUGCCCUCGUACCUGCCCAUCAUCAACAGGAGGAAGGACAUGCCAUUCACAGAGGCACAGAAGCACUGGCAGCAGAUCAGGAGAGGGCGAUAUGUCGAGUUCAACCUGGUGCAUGAUCGUGGCACAGCAUUUGGACUGAACACCCCUGGCGCAAGAGUGGAGAGUAUCCUCAUGAGCUUGCCGCUCACAUCGAGGUGGGAGUACAUGCAUGCACCUGAGAAGGGCAGCCGGGAAGAGCGCCUGAUAGACGUGCUCAAGAACCCUAAGGAGUGGGUGUAG